AUGGGCAAACGCAAGAAGUCGUCGAGAGGGCCUCAGGCCAAAAAGAAAGAGGUGCUACCAACAACCUUCACGUGCCUUUUCUGCAAUCACGAGAACGCAGUGAGCGUAAAGCUUGACAAGAAAGCCGGCGUGGGACAGCUAGACUGCCGCAUCUGCGGCCAGAAAUUCCAAUGCGCUGUGAAUUACCUGUCAGCGGCAGUGGACGUCUACGGCGAAUGGGUUGACGCUGCGGACGCUGUUGCCAAGGAAGACGCCGCAGCGAACGAUGGGUACACAGGAACAGCGAGACGACGACAACCGAGGCCAGCAGGGGGCGAUGACGAAGACGCUGGUGGUUAUGACGGGGAUGGAAUCGUCGGAGACGACGACGAGAUUUGA